UAUUCUUAGAAAAAAUGUCAAAUCAAAGCAGCUUUUCUAUUGAAGACAAGUUACCUACUGAUGAUAGUGAUUUUGAUGAUGAAGAAGACGUGAAUCUAGAUAGUGUUGAAACAAAGGCCUGGCUUGUCAAAGUACCUCAAUACCUUGCACAAAAGUGGAGAAGAGUAACACAGGAUAAUAUCGUAUUGGGAAAGAUCCGCAUUUAUAAAAACAAGUUCAUAAAGGUAACUUCAGGACAAAAUGUACCACAGGCUGAAUUGAUAGUUGAAGAUGAUGAAUAUGAUCAAAGUUCUGAAGUAGAAAGUCACCAUUAUUUAUCAAGCGACAAAUGCACUUCUUCUAAUGAAGAAUAUGCUUCUGCUAGCAAUACAGACACUUCCACGAAAGACCAACGCGUAUGCGAUAACAAGAAAGACACAUUCACAAACAAAGUUAAUAACAAGUACGAUGCAAGCGGCCAAAAGACUCAAGUGAAAGAAAAAAAAUAUACACUUUUAGCCAAAGCACUUGAAACACCAAAUAAGCUCAUUCUCUCGGAAAACAUGAAUGGAAACAAGUCUCUUUUAGGAACAGUCUAUAAUGAGUUCGUAGCAGUUCCUUCUUCUAAUCAAGCUAGAAGCAGUACAAAAAAGCGUUACAGAGAAUCCUCUAUCCCAAAAAGGACAAUUCAAGUUCUCGAACAUGGUCAACAACCUAUUCUUUUACCUGGAGCUAAAGAAAGCAAUUACAAUGAUACCUCUGCCUUUAUUACGACCAAAAAGCAAAAACUGAUAGAAAAACGCAUUCGUUUGCCUGAAAAUGAACUCAUGGACACUUUGUUCUCUGCAUUUGAACGAUAUCCAUAUUGGUCCCUUAAAGCACUCAUAGUAGAAACACAUCAACCUCGCGACUAUUUAAAAUCUGUUCUGGAUCGCAUUGGCAUUCUAAAAACAAGAGGUCCUUAUGUUGGUUUCUAUGAAUUGAAGCCUGAAUUUCAACAAAAGCAUUCACCAAAAGAACCUCAAAAAGAGGCAAGUCCAUAAGCCAUUCCAUGUCAUACACCAACCAUUUGUAACAUAUAAAUAAACUUCCUAUUAUGACUUACUUUACUAUCUUUCCAAUGGA